AUGUCAUCUUGCUGCUUCGGUUCCCGCAAAAAGUCCUAUCGAAAUGGAGAAACAGAACCUCUCCUCCCAGUUUACUCAGACGACACUUCUCUCCAACGCACCGCCCACCAAAAACUUCAUUCAUACCAGCAAUUCCGAGCUCUUUCCAAGGGUUACAUGCCCAGUACUGAGCAAGCAGUUGCAAACCUACGGACCUUCCUCGCAGCUGAUGUCCUCAAUCCCUCCACACCAGGUCUAACAAACAGUGGAAGACUCCUGACCAAAUACACGAGACAAUGGUUAACAGAUUUCGUGGAGCUACUCGAGCAUAAGAAUGGAAGGGAUCAGAUCCAGGAUUUCGUGUGGUUUCUGUUGCAAGCGAGGGUGAGAGUUGAUGUACAGGAUCUUGCGCGGACAGCAAGUAAAGCGAGAGCGAAGGCGGAUGUUUCUGCUGGUAAAUUUCCCAACUACCGGUCUACCUGCUGGCCAAUUGAUUCAAGUUUAAAAAAUCAACUAACAACUAAACCAAAGGCUACGAAUCCAUCCGCACCGUAGCAACCCUCCUCCUCAGCAACUCCUCAUUCCGCCUGUUCCUCACAGACCUAACCACAAUCUCCAAACAAGUCUUCGCAGACACAGCCAACACCCUCUCGACAGUCGCCUCCGAAGCCGCCGACCAAGUCGAACCAUCCAACUCGGAGAAUGCAGCUCUCAAAAGCAAAAGCACAGAAAACGUCUCCACCCAUCACACACCCCCCAAAACCCCAACAACUCAAGACCUCGAGGAAGACGCGGAGCAAAUUGCAAUUGUCGUGACAGACGGACUCAAACAAACCGCAGGGGAAGCACUAACAAGCACCCGCGACAACCUCACAGCUGAGGAAAAUAAAUCGACUAUGUUGCGACAUCUGAAAGCAGCCGUGGCACGACUUACCCAGAAACCCGAUUACAACUCCUCAGUUUCCACACUCUCAACUCUCAUCCAGCGGUACGCGAAAGUCUACUCCCGAGCUCUGGAUAAGACUCUCUCAAUAGUCCAAGACGACGUCGAGACAAACGAUGAACUAGAUCGAGCCGCGAAAAACGGCUGGUUACUCCUCUCAACAUUCGGCUCGAAGAAGGAAUGGGAAGAACUAGAAAGGCGAUUCAACGCCGUAAUGUCUCACGCUAGCAAGGACCCGGAAUUUGAAAACAUGAUGGAAGAACUCGCCUCUUCCAUCCAGAAAAUGUUCACAGAUCCCGAGUUCUUCGACGAGCCAUCCACAGCAGUCGAUGCCCUGAAGGAGAAACACAGUGAAACAGGAGAAAGCGCCAAUGAAUCACCACUGAAGAAAGAUACGGAACGGUUAUUACAGCAAGGAAAACGGACUUUUCAUUCAGUGCUCAAUGAUCAGGAUGUAUCUACGCUACUCUCCACGAGCUUCAAGCUCUGGCAGAUCCUCAAUCCGCUAAAUGUCCACUCCAACACGGAGCUGUUCCAGGAUAGCUACACGAUCUUCAUCCCCAUGCUCAUCCAAGCUAUUCAAUUCAUCCCCAUUCCCCGUCUGGAGAUCUCGGCGCCGGAAGUUGAUUUGUUGUUGGAGAAUUUGAUCAUUGAGCCCGGAAGGACGAUCAAUAACUCGUCGUUCUUGCCUUUUAGGCUCAAGGUGGAGACGUAUAAUGAUUUGACUAUUCAUAAGCGGCGAUUUAGGACGGUGAGUACGGUAGCUAGUUUGGUGACUGUCAAGAUCCAGGGUCUCAGUGUGAGAGCCGACGAGGUGGGGUAUUGGAUGCGUGCCCACAGUGGAUUACUGUGGCUCGCCGAUGAAGGUAUCGCCUCGUUCGAGUUGGAUGAACGAGGCAUCGACAUCGAGUUGGAUAUUGAAGUGGGAAAAGAAAGAUUGGCGAAGGUCCUCUCAUUGCGUGACGUCCGAGUCAAGAUUCAUCAUCUGAGCUACAAGCUUAGACGAAGUAAGUUCUCAUGUCUGGCAUGGCUCUUGAAGCCGUUUAUGCGUCCCAUUCUCCGAAAGGUGCUUGAAAGACAAGUUGCCACUGCAAUUGCGGGCGUCGUCCAUGCGGCCAACAGAGAAGUGCUGUAUGCGAGGGAGAGACUGAGAGCCACGAGGAUUAGCGAGCCCAAAGAUAUCAUGACAUUCAUCAGAGCAGUCAUGGCUAGGUUGACACCAGAAGAGGAUCCAGAUUUGUACGCCAGUGUUGGCGUCGCAGGAACCAGCAAUGUGCGGGGCUCCGUCUUUGCGGGCAAGUAUGCGCCAGGAUCGGUAGUCAAGCUCUGGGAGGAGGAGGCCAGUAGAGCGGGCGAGGUGGUGGAUGACAAUGCUGGACGUGGUUGGCGGAAUGAUAUCUUUGAUGUUCCAACAGCUGGUGCUGCCGCAACGAUGGCGGGGAUCUUGUAA